AUUUGAAUAUACUUUAAAUGAAUAAAUGUAAUUUGAAUCUAAAAUAACAGAAAACAUAUAUUUUUUAAUUCUAUUACGAUCGUAUCUCAUUGAAAUUAGAAUCGUUAAGCAUAAUUAUGCUUAACAAUGCGAUAAUUAUAAUUGUGGCAAUUUUCUAUGCAAAUAUCAUGUUAUUUAUUACGGAAAAUUUUCUUGCUUGCCUGAUAAUUUUUAUCUUGUAAAAUUUGUGAAAUAUAAUUUGUAAUAAAUAUAUAAUAUAUCAUGCAGUCAAAUUUUGAUUGCACCCUACAGUGAACUGAACAUGCAACAGCAACAGCAGUCUGAUUUUGAGAUAAUGUGCUGCAUUUCCGAGAAAUGCUUCAAAGUAAGUUUUCGUUUGAGGAAACUUUCGGACUUCAGUUACGCACGGCUGGACAAUGUUAUUUCAUGUUGCAUAAGUCUUGUUUUUCAAGAUAUCACUUAUUGUUAUGAAAAGUAAUGCAAUCCACCUUAUAUUCCUUGAAGAAGUUUCACAAAUCUUUAUUAAGUAAAUUCAAGAGAUACUUAUGAUAAGAGGAUCUUAUGACAUACGUGCAUAUAAAUGGUAAGUUUAAUUCACAAAAACAUUUCAGCUCGAAAGACUAGUGUUUCACUGAGUGCGAAGAAAAAAAUGUGUAUGUGAAACGGUAAUGCUUCAAUAUUAGAAUAGCUAAUUUAAUUUCACGACUCGCAACUAAGCCGAAGAAAUGAGUUCGGAAUGUCUUUCAAAACGUGCAGAUUGCGCAGGGAUUAAACCAGUUCCUUAGUGCCCAUUAAUACGUCCAUAAAAAUUACCUUUCUGUGUAAAAGAAAGGUAAUUUUUUUCUCCUCUUAACUUUUUCUUCCUCUCUUUUUUCUAUCAUAUUUGCUAUUUAUUAUAACAAAUUUUGGAUAAUACUAGGAAGACAAAAUUUUACGUAGCAAGAAAUGCGGAAGGCUUAAGAAAUCCGUUUUCGUUUAUCAAGAAUAUGUAUGUAAAACUUCUCCAGAAGAUAAAUAUUAAUAUCAUAUGUUACUGUUGAAAUUUCUUUUCUACACCUAUAAUGAUGAAAACGAUAUUUAAUUAUAAACGAUAGUUUCGCCUAGAGUAACCAAGUCGGGAGUUUACGAAACUGAUAAUCGUCAAAAUUUGAUGUAGAAAUAGUCUCAGUAGAACCACCUCCUGAAGCGUCACAUAUAGCGGAUGUGGAAUCCGUUAUCGCGGAUUUAAAUUUCCUUGGAGGAAGUGCAGUUCCCUUGUAUCUCAGUUAGCCAACCGAUAUCAUUUCAGUAAUUCAAACAGUACGAGACAGAAAUACACUAUAUACGGUUAACAUCUAUUUCUAUUCUUCCGCUUCAAUCUCAUCGUUAAAAUCUUUCUUUCAAAUAAAAAAGCAAUGUUCACAAGUGUUUUAUUUGAACUAAAUUAAAUGCGCGAUACGCACGAUGGCUUUUUUUCACGCAAUGAUUUGACGUACAAAUUGUGAAGCGACACUACUGAAUGAAACAAGCUAAUUAGUUGUAACAUUUAUUUCUAUGCGUUUUGUUUCGUCUGCAUCGUUCCUGACGAUCGUUAAUUUUGUCAGUGGGACGUAAUUGUUUAAUGACAAUGGUGGACAUGUUAAUAUUCUUUCUCUUGGCAAGUCAGGCAAUUAAUACUUUUGGAAAAACGAUUGUACUACGCGAAGAGAACAACGCAAGAGAAAGAAAACUAACGUGCUUCUCAGAAGAUGAUGGUAGUGCUCUUGUGUGGAACGAUGUAAUCUCGGAAGAAUCAUUAAAAAAAUCACGCCUAAUACGAUUUUACAAUGUGGAUCAAAUUAAGCCAGAUAAAAACAAAAUAGAUUGCAAAAUGAAGAAAAGCGAUGAGUGCUUAAAAUCAUGGAUUACAAAACAAUGGAACUUUACAGAGUCUUUCAUAACACCUUUAGGUCCGGUAUUUGAUAAACGAUGGGAAGGUAAAAGCUGAUAUAAAAAAGGAUUGUAAUAUAUAAAAUGCACUACGACGCAGAUUAAAUAUAUCUUUAAGAUCAAACGAUCUCAGAAGUGUAUACAAAAUUUUUAGAAUUCACGCAACAUGGACUUUUUGAUCGCCAUGCUCAUUUUGUAACGCUGAAAAAUACUACAGCGUUCUCAUUUUCGAUACGUAACAAAUUGAAGGAGAUAAAUGUAAUAAUUUGCAACAGUCCUAAUAUUUCUCGACAAGGUCUUUGCUAUUUGAUCACAAUGGGUUCUUCGAAUAAUUCAAUGUCCACCAUACGAAAGUGCCCAGCAGGCAUUUCACUUAUUAGUCAAGAAAAAA